AUGUGGAUAUGUGUGUUUACGAUUCUACUCGGUUACGUCGGAUUGCUCGGUAUUUGCAAGGCUAGUCCAAGCGAUUCGGGGACCAACAUCGACACCAAGGCACUGAAGGUUGCGGUUGGCGAUCAUGAGGGAGGCGAAUUCAGCAGCAGCAAUAUUCGUCUGAGCGGCUAUCGCAACAACGUCUUUGGCACAGCGAUGAACUGGGGACUGCUGGCGCUGGGCGUAGUUUGGCUCGGCUACCUAUUGGCGCUUUCAGCAGAUUUUUACGGCAGCGUACCGGGAAUCGCUCCUGGAGCGGCCUGUGUUCUUUCGCUGGGGGACUGCACGCUCGGCAACCAGACAUUCAUCGUGAUGUGGUGCCUGUAUGUGUUCAUGGUCGUGACCUGCAAUGUGUUCCGUCACCGCCUGCGCAACUUCUUCCGCAUCAAGACAGCACCAGCGGAGGGCACAUUUGUAUGUGUUGAGCGCAAGAUUGACUCGCAGAUAAUGCUGCAAAACGAGCGCAGCUUCUUGGUCGACAAUCACAUUACCGCGCACGGCCGCAAGUACUUUACAUACCAGUGCACUCGCUUUGUGCUUGACCAGACCACUGGCGAGUACACACCGUACACUUUUGAUCUGGGAGCCACGAACAGCGACCUUGUCGCCAACAGCCCUGGCCUAUCGACGGCAGAGGCCGAGUAUCGGAUGGAACUGGUCGGGCAAAACUUCAUUGAGGUGUCAGUUCCCAACUGGUUCUUUGCAUUCCUGCGCGAGGUCACCAGCUUCAUUGCAUUGUACCAGCUUCUGGCGCUCUUGCUGUUCAUCUAUGACUUUUACUGGCAGGCGGGCAUUGUCGAUCUGGGGAUUGUGCUGCUGGCGAUGACAUUCAGUACUGUUGUGCGCAAGCUGUCUGAGGAGCGGCUCAAGCGCAUGGCUGAGCAGGACGACCAAGUGAAUGUGCGUCGCAACGGUGACUGGGUGCAGGCAUCGUCACGCGAUCUUGUCCCAGGCGACGUCAUCCAGCUAACCACCGGCAUGCACAUGUCAUGCGACUGCAUUCUGAUUUCUGGAAAUGCUGUCGUCAACGAGUCAUCGCUGACUGGCGAGCCCCUGCCCGUGCGCAAGUUCCCGCUGCAUAAUGAUGACACACCGUUCAACGUCGAGGCCAACAAGAAACAACCAGCUGCGCAGGCGAUCGAGAAAUCGGCUGGCGACAUUUUGGCCGACCAGCACGUGCUUGGGCUGGUGCACCGCACCGGCACGGCUUCCGACAAGGGUAAGCUGGUGCGCAAGAUCCUGUUCCCGCAGCCGCUGUCGUUUAUUUUCAACGAGCAGCUCAAGGUAGUGUUCAGUAUUCUGAUCGUCUACGCGCUAUUCUGCAUGGGCAUGGCGAUAUAUCUGUACAAGGGGUCGCCGACAGCGGUGUUCUUUUACGGAAACUUUUGCAUGCUACAGGCUGUAUCGCCGCUACUGCCUGCUGGUCUGGUUGCAGGCCAGUCGAUGGCGGCAUAUCGGCUGAAGAAGAAGCGCAUAUUCUGUGUCGACCCGCAGCGCAUCAUGAUGGCCGGCAAGGUGCAGAUAUUCUGCUUCGACAAGACCGGCACCCUGACCAAGGAGGGUCUGGAAUUCUACGGCGGCCAGUGCGUGGAUGGCAAUGCCUUCCAGGGAUUUGAGAACGCCUUGCCUAACACCAGUAUUUUGUUCCAGCAAGCCGUUGCCAGCUGCCAUGCUGUUACCGAUCUUAAUGGGCAGCUAAUCGGCAACCCUGUCGACAUCGAGCAGUUCCCCCCCAAGUACCUUGAUACUAUCAUCCCUGCUGGCGGCUCGUCCUUGGGCAAGCUGCAUGUCGUCCGUCGCUUCGAGUUUGUCCAUGCCCGUGCGUCCGAUGGCUCGUUUGAGCGCAUCAAGCAGGUCUCAAACAGCGCUUCCGUGCCGUUGGAUUACGACAGGACUUGUGCUGGGCUGGCGCGCGAGGGCUGCUAUGUUCUGUCGAUUGCGCACAAGCAGCUGGAUGUGACUCUGGAAGGGCUCAAGGAUCUGACCCAGGACGAGAUCGAGGGCAACUGCGAUCUGAUCGGCCUGCUGGUGUUCAAGAACCUGCUCAAGAACGACACAUCUGAUGCUAUUGCUGAGCUCAAGCAUGGGUCCACUCGCACGGUCAUGGUCACUGGUGACACUGCGCUUACCGGCGUGUACAUUGCGAGACAGUGCGGCAUGGUGCCAGCCAACAGCAAGGUCCUACUUGGCGACAUGGACAAGAAAACGCAUAUGCUGGUGUGGACUGACGUCGACACUGACGAGGAGGUGGCCGACAUUGGGCCUUUAUUGACCGAGCUUGGCAGCGACGGAUAUCCGACCACAGAGCUAGCCCUGACCAGCGCCGCCUUCCAGCACCUGGAAUCGACCAGUGGACUGGCGGAGAUCCUGCUUAACACGCGCAUUUUUGCGCGCAUGAAGCCCAACGACAAGGUGCGGUGCGUGCAGCAGCACAUGGUUCACGGUAUCACGGCUAUGUGUGGUGACGGUGGCAACGACUGCGGGGCAUUGCGAGCGGCCCAUGUUGGUCUGGCACUGUCGGAUGCCGAGGCAUCGAUUGUAUCGCCGUUCUCGUCCAGCAACCGGUCGGUGCACUCGUGUGUAGAGCUCUUGCUCCAGGGCAGAGCCGGCCUGGCUAGCAGCUUCAGCAACUAUCGCGCACUGAUUCUGUAUGGCACCACGAUGACAAUGACCAAGCUGCCCAUCUGGAUGAUAAUCGAUGCCCUGGUGGCUACCAGCAUGGCCAUCACGGUCACGUUCCUGCCGCCAGCCAAGAGGCCUCUCGCCGUUCCGCCCUACGGCACGGAUAUUGGGCCCGAGAUCAUGUCGUCAGUUAUUGGUGUCGUUGUCAUCAACUGGCCGUGGUUCCCGGGUGCCACGAGUUUUGACGCAUCGAACACGAACGUGCUGAAAUGGUGGGCUGCUGGGCGGACAACCUACGAGGCGGCCAUGAUGACAUACCUGAUCAUGUACAUGUUCAUCAACAACGGGUUCUUGGUCAACUACGGGUAUGUGCACCGGAAGCCGUGGUUCCACCAACCCAAGCUUGAUAGCGGUGUGGCGGGGCUAAUUAUCAUGAUUUCGUAUGCGCAGCUGGCACCGCCCAGCAGGCUGUCGUGCUGGUCGGGAUGGGAUAUGGGCGGCCCAGGGUGGGAAAUCGAAAAGUACAAUGCGGUGGAUGGGCACAACAUCUUGCCUUCUGAUUUCAAGUGGAAGCUACUGUGGUUGUUUACGGGCCAGUGCGCACAUGGCUCCGCAGGAAGCGCCCGCUGCGGGAGGCUCAAGCUCAAGCUCUGAGGGAUAUUUUUUUCUCACGUCCAUGCAUUCAUGACGCAAACCAAACAAUCACAUUCUGGCUCUCUCCUGCUGAGUACAAUCGUAUUUUUCUGUUUGACAUUAUAUAAUAGUCCCCCUAUUCCCGCCUCCCCAAAUU